AUGACCUUCUACUACGGCGUAUCUUCCGGUCAGAUCAUCAAUAGGUUUUCAAAAGAUUUGGACGUUCUCGACUUGACAUUGGCCGAUCUAACUCAUCGAAUUAUUUAUCACCUGACCUCAUUCGUGGGAACCCUUGUCGUUGUUGUCAUCACCAUUCCUUUGUAUUUCUCCGUGGUUCUCAUCCUUCUUUUCUUCUUUUUUGCACUUCAACACUACUACCUACCGACUGUCUGCCAGUUGAAGUGGUUGAGUUCAAAUUCUCGCUCUCCCAUUUACACACACGUCUGUGAGACUGUUGAUGGACUGGCAUCGAUAAAAGCUUUCAACAAGCAAAAGAUGUUUGUGCGGAAGUUUGAAAAACUGGUCAAUGAGAACAUUUCAUACGAAUGCGCUAUCAAUGCUGCUGACAGAUGGCUUGGUGUCAAUUUAGGGCUAAUAGGAGCGGCAUUGACGCUAUUUGCUGGCAUCUUCUCAAUUAUCGGUCGUCAUUCACUGUCUGGAUCCAUCGUUGGCUACUGCAUGGCGUCAACCUUUCACGAUUCGUUCACGCUUUCUCGCCUGAUCAUCGUGUUCUCCUCCAUCAAAAUAGCCAUGGUGUCACUGGAAAGAAUGAAAGAGUACUUUAAGAUUGAGGUGGAGAGUUACGACGACGACGACGAGGAUGACGGAAAGCAACAAACAAAGAAAAAGUUAUCUCCAAGCAUAAUUUUUCACGAUGGUAAAAUUGAAUUCAUAAAAUACAGCAUGAAAUAUCGAGAAGAACUGAACUAUGCCCUUAAGAACAUCAACUUAAUUAUAAAGCCAAGAGAAAAGGUUGGCAUCAUGGGUAGUACAGGGGCCGGCAAGAGUUCUUUGAUCUCAGCUCUCUUCCGUUUCAGUCAGUCUGAAGGUUCCAUCUACGUAGAUAAUUAUGACAUCUCCAAGUUGCCAUUAAAGAUAUUAAGAUCAAACUUUUCAGUAUUAUCACAGGACCCGUUCAUAUUCAGUGACACGAUAAGAAUGAACCUCGACCCGACAUCUGAGCAUAAGGGGAGUGAUGCAGUUAUCUGGAAAGCACUGGAGCAGUGUUGGCCAACGUCAGCUUCUGUGCCUGGCUCGAACUCUGCUCCACAAAACUUCAAUCCUUAUCUUGGACGAAGCUACUGCUGCUUAUUUGAAACUUGUACUGCACUGCAUUUGAAAUGUGUUACUUCAUCAGCCGUAGACGUUGAGACGGACAAAUUAAUUCAGUCGACGAUCAGCAGGGAGUUCAAAGAUUGUACCGUAAUCAUCAUAGCACACCGCAUGUCUUCAACAGCCAGUUGUGACAGGGUUCUUCAUAUGGACCAAGGAGUUUUGAGAGAUGGUUGA